AUGAAGAAGAUCUCGAAUGUUCGGGUUCGAAUUCCCCAGACCACCAAGGAGUGGAAAGAAGCUAUUGAUACUGGGACCACGAACGACCCUUCAUCACAAUGGCUAAACAAAGACCUGGCUCCUACUCCUCUACAAUCACGAACAUGGUCUUGGAUAUCACUAUCAAGCUAUUGGUGGGGCAAUGCCUUCAACUCGUCCCAGUGGUCCAACGGGUCCAGUCUCAUCUCAGUCGGCCUCAACUGGUGGCAGGCUCUUAUCGCAUGCAUGAUGGCCAACCUCAUCUCGUCGACCGUUGCACUAGCCCUGGGACGCCCUGGAGCAAGAUAUCAUAUUGGAUACCCCGUCCUGGCAAGGAGUGUCUUUGGGAUGUACGGGCACUAUUUCUUUGUCUGGGUCCGCGCUGUGGUAGCCAUCAUUUGGUUUGGUGUCCAGACAUGGUUCGGUUCGCAGCACUUGAGCAUCAUUUUCCGAUGCAUCUUCGGCAGCUCGUGGGAGAAUAUGGCAAACCAUCUCCCUGCGAGCGCCGGUAUCACCUCUAAGGAACUCCUCGCGUUCUUCCUGUUCUGGAUGAUCGAGCUACCCUUUCAAGCGGUUCACCCCAUAAAGAUCAAGUACUUGUUUGCUGCUGAAUCUAUCUUCUGUCCUCUUGCGUGUAUUGGUACUUUCGCCUGGUGCGUCAGCUAUGGUGGUGGGAUUCACACCAACACUCUGGGUGCAAAGCACGUCCACGGCGGUGCUCUGGGCUGGGCGAUGCUCACCGGAAUCAACAGCUGCCUGGGUGUGACCUCUGCCCUCCUAGUGAAUCAACCUGAUCUGACUCGGUACACGCGCCGACCCAAGGACGCCGGCUGGAGACAGGCGUCUUCCAUCUGGGCCAGCAAAACCUUAAUCUUCUUCUUCGGGAUUGGUGCUACAGCCGCAGUUCAGGGCAAAUUCGGCGAAGCGUAUUGGAACCAGUGGGACCUGCUCAAUGCCAUCCUUGACCGUUUCUGGGGCCCCGCAGCAAGGGCAGGCUGCUUUUUCGCCGCCAUGGGCUUCGCAUUAUCCGUGUUGGGCGUCAACAUUGGAUGCAAUGCCAUUCCAUUCGGAGCCGACGUGACGGGUUUAUUUCCAAAGUACUUCACCAUUGUCCGAGGUCAGCUAUUCUGUGGCGUUAUCUCACUUGCAGUUGUCCCGUGGAAACUUUUGACCUCCGGAUCUGGAUUCAUCACCUUCCUGGGAAGUUACAAUAUCUUCAUCGCUCCCAUUUGUGCGAUUAUAAUGAUUGACUACUUCUUUAUCAAACGUGGCAAUAUUCACACACCAUCACUCUUCGACCCAUCGCGUGGGUCGUUGUACUACUAUACAAAGGGUUGGAACCUGCAGGCUUUGGCAUGCUGGGUCUGCGCCGCUGUAUUUGGCAUCCCGGGCCUCGUGGGAGCGUAUCAUCCGACCUGGGUGGCUGCUGCUGCAACCCACAUGUAUCAAACUGGAUGGGUGCUGUGUUUCGCCGCUGCAGCCACGUUUUACUAUUGCAGCAAUCGGGUGCUGCCGCCGAAAGUGUUUCCCGCCGGUCAUGAGGAUACACCGAAGAGCUUUGAACGACUCGCAGAGACAGAGGGGUAUUUUGAAGACGAGGACUUGAUCGAGUGUGGACAUGGAGAUCAAGUGGCGCAUGGACAAGACCCGCAAGAUCCAGACCAGUCGUCGCAGUCGACGAGCGUCGUGGCUAUCAAUAAUGUCUUAGGAAUGGAGAAGGUCUAA